AUGGAGCAAUACCACAGACUUUGGGAUUAUGUAGCUACUGUAAAAAAUUCCAAUCCUGGUAGUCAUAUUUCAUUGCAAAUUGAUAGGCGAAAUAUUGAGGAAAGGGCUACAUUUCAGAGGAUAUAUUAUGGUUUAGGUGCGUUGAAAAAUGGUUUCCUACAAGGAUGUAGACCUAUCAUAGGUCUAGAUGGCUGCUUUCUCAAGAGUCCCUUUGGAGGUCAGCUACUUACAGCCUUGGGUAGGGAUGCCAAUGAAAAUAUGUUCCAUAUUUCCUUUGCUGUUGUUGAGGUUGAGAAUUACGACAGUUGGAGUUGGUUUUUGCGGGAAUUAAUCAGCCAAAUUGGAAGAGGAAACAAAGGAGUGGCUUACACUUUCAUCUUAGAUAGGCAAAAGGGUCUUGUCCGUGCAAUUGAAGAAUUAUUUCCUGAAUCAGAGCACAGAUUCUGUUUGAAACAUAUGUUCAAGAACUUCAAACAAAGAUUCAAGGAUCAAGACCUUAGAGAUCUGUUUUGGGAGGUAGCUGCAGCAGCAAGCAUGCCGGAGCAUGAAACUGCCCUUUCAAAUCUUGAGAGGGCUGACCCACAAGAAGGUGACAAGCUAACAGCUGCGGGAUGGUUCAAAUGGUUGCCUCCAAAAUUAUGGUCUAGAGCUCAUUUUAGUACAGCUUGUAGGAGUGGCACUUGCAUUAACAACAUGAGUGAGUCAUGGAAUAAUUACAUUCUAAAAGCUAGAGGGGAGCCAAUAAUAACAAUGCUGGAGUGGAUUCGGAGGAGAUUAAUGCAAAGGUUGGUAACCAAACGAGAGGGCAUGCUGAAACAUGGUGGAACUUUAUGUCCAAACAUUUAUGAGAAGUUGGAGAAACUUAAGAUAAAGGCAAGAAAUUGUGUUGCGGUUUAUAGAGGAAAUGGAAAUUUGGAAGUUGAUGGCUAUGGAAGGACAAAUGUUGUCAAUUUGGAGUUGAAAACUUGUACCUGUGGUCAUUUUCAGCUUAGUGGCAUUCCCUGCAUGCAUGCAGUUGCCUGCAUUCAGAGCAGAAAGCUGAAAUUCAAGGAAUAUGUUGAUGCUUGUUACCAUAGGGAAGCAUAUUUAAGGGCCUACAACUUCACAAUUGGUCCCGUUCCUUCGAAGCAGUUCUAG